AUGUCUGAGGGUUUCAAGGCCCCUGAGAUCCGGCCUUCGAAGUGCACGUGCUCCUUAUUUGUAUGUUUUCCUUUCCUUUUACAGUGGUUAUCACCUCCAGAAGCCAUUGAACACUUUAAAUCUCAGGAAAUACAGUUUGCUCCUCCUCAGUUCUACGAAUUGUGUAGGUUAUGCAACUUUUCUUCACUUCAAGAGCUGCAUAAGUUCAGCUCUGAGCGUGCUUUAGAGGGAUGUGAACGUUGGAUGCCAGUGAUUUUAACUGCCUCAGAUGGCUACAUGCAGCUAUUACCAGGAGAUGAGCUGUAUCCAGAAGAUCCAGAUUAUACCGGGGAGAAAAAGAUAACUUUGUCAAUAGAUAAGAAAAUUGAAGAUCUAAUGAAAGAGGGCAGUAUAUUUCAUAGGAUUGUAAGAAAAAACAAUGAUCUUGCUGUUUAUGUUAAUGUUCAAGCAAAAUAUAAACAUAUAAAUCCAGUGAUGAUAAACUCUAAUAAUUCAGAUUUCAAUAGCAGAUUAUAGUAUGCAUUUGGUUUGAAGUUAUAAUGUAUUUACUUAUAUAUGUAUUCACUGUUAGUGUUUCUGGUACUUUCUACCAGU